GCAGUUUCUAGUCAUUUCGUACGGCUGAAAGCUGUGCCAUUUGAAGCAAUCCAAAAUGACGACCAUGGAUCUGCGUGUCGGUAACAAGUACCGCAUCGGCCGUAAGAUCGGAAGCGGCAGUUUCGGUGAUAUCUAUCUUGGUACCAACAUCAUCUCGGGCGAGGAGAUCGCCAUUAAACUCGAGAGCGUGAAGGCCAAGCAUCCCCAGUUGGAAUAUGAAGCCCGUGUCUACAAGUCCCUCGCCGGCGGUGUCGGUAUCCCCUUCGUGCGUUGGUUCGGUACCGAGUGCGACUACAAUGCCAUGGUGAUCGACCUUCUGGGCCCCAGUCUCGAGGACCUUUUCAACUUCUGCAACCGCAAGUUCUCUCUCAAGACCGUGCUGCUACUUGCCGACCAGCUCAUUUCCCGGAUCGAGUACAUCCACGCCAAGUCGUUUAUCCACCGUGAUAUCAAGCCCGACAAUUUCCUGAUGGGCAUCGGCAAGCGUGGCAACCAAGUCAAUGUGAUUGACUUCGGUCUCGCAAAGAAGUACCGCGACCCCAAGACUCACUUCCACAUCCCUUAUCGUGAGAACAAGAACCUCACAGGCACUGCUCGCUACGCCAGUAUUAACACCCAUCUGGGUGUCGAGCAGUCGCGUCGGGACGACAUGGAGUCCCUGGGCUACGUGAUGCUGUACUUCUGCCGUGGCUCUCUUCCCUGGCAGGGUCUGAAGGCUGCCACAAAGAAGCAGAAGUAUGACCGUAUCAUGGAGAAGAAGAUGACCACACCAACUGAAGUUCUGUGCCGUGGUUUCCCCAACGAGUUCGCCAUCUACCUGAACUACACCCGCUCGCUUCGCUUCGAUGACAAGCCCGACUACUCUUACCUCCGUAAGAUCUUCCGGGACCUCUUCGUCCGUGAGUCCUUCCAGUAUGACUACGUUUUCGACUGGACUGUCUACAAGUACCAGAAGAACGCCGCCAUGAUCGUGGACGCUACCAAGAAAGAUAAGGACGACGAGCAGCAACGUCGUGCUGGAGGUGCUGCUGCCGCUGGUGCCAUGGCUGGCGGUGCGGCCGCCAAACCUGGAGCCAUCUCUGGCCAGCGCCGCAAGGUUAUCGACCGCGGUGCCCUCGACAACACUCCGGACACCAACCGUGCCGUGGGAGGGAGUGACAGGAUUCUUCGGCGCUAGGCUGCGUUCUGCCUCAAAGGGUGCUGCUUUAGGUGCUUAUGGACCUUCUGGUGGCCGUUCGAAGCGGGACGAUGGAACGGGGGCUCAAUGGUACUAAUCAUGUAGCACGUGCAGCGGAAGCAGGGUUCUUUGACAUAUCUUUCCGAUUGCCUUGUCUUCAGCGUGCUCACUCGUCAACCUGAGAAACCCGGAAUUCUCAUUGUCAUUCGCCAUGGACGCACAUCCUGCACUCGACUUCUCGGAUUUCUCUUUUCUCUGAAUCUCCAUUCAUUCUGCACUCUCUGACCGCCCUUCUAUCCCGUUUUCGAUCCAACUUCGACUUCAACCGUUUCGAUCUAUCAUUGUUUGUUCGCCUGCUCUCACCGUUCAUCCCCACGAAGAUAUUCUCAUCUGAUGGGUCUUCGAAUUGAGCUUGCGGCAAUCAUGUCGACUGCUUUUUCUAUUCGGAUUUCCUGUACCCGUUCUCACGGGACAGCCGAUCACUCAGUCUCGAAACG